AUGUCUACGCCUACGGGUGAUACUAGCAGUGCCGCACGGCCUCCAUCACUAUCCGCAGCCACUGCUGCUGCCGGAGCGGAAGCGGGAAAGGGACAACAAUUAUUAAGGAUUGUGCCGUUUGACCCCGCCACGAUGGAAUGGCCGUACUGGAAGCUGAGAUUGAAGAAUCAUCUCUUCCUGAUCAAAGUACCGACGGAUUACCAUGUGGCUUUUCUUCUGGAUGCCCUGAGUCCGGAGCCAUUCGAACUUUUGGCAAAGAUGUGCAAGCCGCAAGAACCGAUGGAUUUACCGAUCGCCGACCUAUACGCACGCCUGGAUUCUGCUUACACGGUACCGACAAUGUGGAUCGCCCAGUGGGUGAAAUUCUUUAGUACAAAGCAGAAGCCAGAAGCGACCUUGAUCCAGUUCUCGUGUGACCUUCGGGCGAAGGCGGAGACAUGUAACUUUCCGGACGACGUAAGGGAGAAGAAUAUGAUUGCAGCAUUCGUCAUGGGGCUGAAAGAUGAAGUGGCGACGAAGAAGCUCUGUACAAAGUCGUUGGCAACACUUCAGGACGCCUUGAAUGCUGCCAUUGAAAUAGAAAUGACCAGAAAAGAGUUGCAAAUGGACGAUAUGAAAACUGAAGUCUACAAGAUUUCCCAGAAAGGAAGGAAGAACAGUCAGGGUGCCGGGAAAGAGUGUUACCGGUGUGGCCGCCGCAACCAUUCCCCGGGCAGCUGUUACUUCCGCGACAAGCGGUGCAACACUUGUGACGAAAAGGGCAUUCGUCCCGGAAGUGUCCCGAGCGAACGAGUAACAAGUACAUUUCCGCCGAGGAGCGAAGGCCAUACGACAUCCUGUAACUUUGAGCUCCAGUCGGGAUGA